AUGCUAUCAUUCAUUGCAGCCGCGCCUUAUGCGGCUGGGCUUCUCUUUGUUCUUUUCGUCUACCUGGUUGGAUACCCUUACGUUGAGUAUCUUCGUGACCCUAAAGGGCUACGAAAAUACCCAAAUCUCUCUGCCUUUUCAGGAUUCUCUGCUGUGCCGUUCAUGUUGCUUGCUUCAAGGGGAUUUCGAUCCAUGGAGUUAAUCGAGCAGCACAAGAAGCAUCCUGUGAUUCGAACAGGGCCUAACACCUUGUCAUAUGGAGAUGUCCGAGCCAUCAAAGAUAUCUACGGCCAUAACACAAAGUGCACUAAGGAUGGCUCGUACUCCGUCACUGCGGGAACCCACGUCCAUCUGGCAGAUGUGGUGGACAAGCCAGAUCACGCCAGAAAACGCAAGGUCCUCUCGUCAGCAUACGCGCUCAAGAACCUUGAAAGCUGGGAAUAUAAGGUCACCGACAAGGUGCAGAGGAUGUUUAAGCAUUUCGACAAAGUCUGCACAUUGCCACCCAAGGAGGACGUUGCAUCUGACAAAAUAGCCCCAGACCCGAACGAUCUCACCCUGGACCUGCGGGCUUGGACAAACUUCUUCACACUUGACGCUAUUGCCGAUAUCGGGCUCUCAGAGCAAUUGGGCUUCCUAGAUUCUGGAUGUGAUUCUUGCAUCGCGCAGAGAAGGGACGGUUCAACGUAUGAGGUCAGCCUCCGUGAAGCUCUCUACCCAACAGCCCGCAAACAGUCUCUUAUCCUGUGGAACUACGCGUGGUAUCCUACCAUCAACAAGAUCAUCAACAUUAUCCCAUACUUCGCUCGCAUGCAAAAGUCCUCAGAUGACUGGGACAAUAUCAUGUGGCAGCGUGGUAGUUUGCGAUUGAAGCGUUACGAAGCAGGCGAGAAGCUCGACGACUUUUUCCAAGCUCUAAUGGAAGACAAGAACGGCAAUUCAAACAACCUGGAAUGGGGCGAGGUGAUUGCCGAAUGCAAUAUUAUGAUGAAUGCAGGCAGCGUGACGACAGCGAUUGCCAUCGCCAACGUAAUGUACCAGCUUCUCCGAAAUCCGCACACUUUAGCGAAGCUACGCGAGGAGCUAGAUGCCGUUCUUGACGACGACGAGGUCGUGGCUGAUUACGACAAAGUGAAACAUCUCCCUUACCUCCGUGCUUGUCUAGACGAGUCUCUGCGGAUCUUCCCACCAACCUCUCAUGGCCUUCCUCGGGAAACACCGGCCGAAGGUACAAACAUUCUUGGGGAGUGGGUAGCUGGUAACACAUCUGUCAGUAUGUCUGCCUUGGUCGCACAUCGUGAUGAAGGAGUCUUUCCCAAUUCAGACCAGUAUAUCCCAGAAAGAUGGCUUGGAGAAGAGGGAAAGGCUCUACAGCCAUAUCUGAUUGCAUUCUCUGCUGGUGCUCGGUCUUGCAUUGGUCGAAACAUCUCUUAUCUGGAGCAGACCAAGGCCGUUGCAUCCUUGGUGCAUCGCUAUGAUAUCGCUCUUGCAUAUCCGGGCUGGGAGUUGAAGCGUGAGGAGACAAUGAAUCUGAUUUUGGGCGAGAUGCCCGUGAAGAUUUGGCGUCGUAAUUUGGGAGGACUUGCUUGA